AUGACUAUCAACCCUACCUACCUCGCCCAGCGAACACGCUCUUCCGUCAACUGGAACGAUGCGAAGUUCCGAGUCCUCAAGUCCUACCGGGAAUGGUUGCGCGCUCAUGGUGUUGAAUCAGAACAACAACUAACAUUCGAUAUUUCAUAUAGUCCCCCCGAGAUCCAGACCAUGUACUCCUUGAACAUGCCCGUAUCCGCUAUCCGUACCAAGAUCCGUCAGGAAUUCGAGAAGCACCGCUACGUUAGCCAGCUGAACGCUGUUGAUGUGCUGCUCUACCAGAGCCACGCUGAGUUCCAGGAAACUCUCAACUACUGGAAGCAGCUUUCCCACGUUAUGAAAUACUUCCGCCCAGAAGAAGACCCCGGUGCGCGACUACCGCGCAACUUUGUUUCCGGCUUCUUGGAGGGCCGCAAUUGA